AUGGAAGUGACGAUAGUGAAGGAAGUGGAUGAUAUGGGAAGAGAGGUUGAAAAGGAGAUGUGCGACUUAUCAACAUCCUCAGUCCCCUAUGGCCUCUUGUUGGUCUUAUAUAUUCUCUACGACCUGUACUUCCUGGUACCACUGUGCAUCCUGGGACUGGUCUCCAUCCUGAUUGGACGGACUCUGAGGCUCCGUACACAAAUCAGCCAUAAACACAAGAGUCACCAACACGCAGUCAAGAUGCUGGGAGUGAUCUUCUUGGCCUUCGUUGUGUGCUGGCUGCCCUACAUCAUUCGUCUGACCAUAGUCAAUGUUUCUUUUAGAGCGGGUCUUAACAUUUCAUUGAUAAUCUUCAGCCUUUUUGGAAACACACUGACUCUUCUGGUGGUUUGGCUUCGCCCAAAUAUGAGACGCUCCACCUACCUCUACCUGAGCAGCAUGGCUGUUAGUGACGUGCUGAUACUCCUGCUGCUGGCUCUGGAUAUAUUGCAGUUCUGGAUAGACUGGAAUUUAGGAGUCUUCAUUUGUAAACUGACCAUGCUCCUGUCACAGUGCUGCAGUUUCUGCACCAUCCUCCACAUCACCUUUCUCUCCCUGGAGAGGUACCUGCUUGUCUGCUGGCCAAUCACUUCCAAGACCCUGGUGACACGUCGCAGAACCAGGGCUCUCAUUGGCUGCCUCUGGCUGGGAGCGGCUGUCGGUGCAGCACCAUUUUUGGCCAUGACGGAAGUGGAUUAUAUGGGAAAAGAGGAAGAAAUCAAAGUGUGCAGAUUAUCAAUAUCCUCAGUCCCCUCUGGCCUCAUGUGGGCCUUAUUAAUUCUCUACGACCUGUACUUCCUGGUACCCCUGUGCAUCCUGGGACUGGUCUUUAUCCUGAUUGGACGGACUCUGAGGCUCUGUCCACAAAGCAGCCGUAAAGACAAGAGUCACCAACAUGCAGUCAAGAUGCUGGUUUGGUCCAUGUCCCACCUUUUACCAUCAAGGAAGCAGGCAGUCGAGGUGUAG